AUGGAGCCAAACGUCGUUGAGUAUCGCGAGCGACUACUGAAGGCAUAUCGGAAGGCAAUAAUACCGUUGAUUGCGUAUAUGCACCAGUACGAUGAGUACCAAGAUAUAUUCAAGCUCAGCAUCCAAGAGUACGUCGAAAACUUCCGGGCCGAGAAGCAUUCGGCCUCCGAAACCCGCGAAGAGAUACAAGUUCACUACGACGCCAAGCAGAACUUGAUUUGGCGGCUUCCGCAAUACAUAAGCAUCGGUCCGUUUUCGAUCAACGUGGAUACACUAAAGCAAUUGCUGGUGACCAAACGUACGGACAUAAUGCGCGCCCUGCUGACGAUGUGGGCGGAGGAGGUGCGUAUACAGGUCGAGGACGUGAUCACCGCAUACAAGAUCGUGAUGAGGAAACUCGGCGAGAAGCCGAACACAAUCGAGCACGUGUUCGAGAUACGCGAGUGGAUGGAGAGCAUCCCGUUCGCUCUCAAGACACAAGAGGACAACAUGAAGAAAGUUUUCACGGACUACGAAGUACUGGACACUUUCUUUACGCCAUUGGAAAAUGAGGAUUUCAAGGCUCUCUGGGAGGCCAUCGGAUGGCCUCUUAUCAUAACAAAACAGGUCGAUGCUACAACUGAAUUCCUUGAAGAAGAACAGGAGAAGUUCUGGAAGCUACACCAACAAGACGAACAGGCGUUGUUUGACAAGAUCGACAUGUUUACAUCGCAGUGUAUGGCGUUGACGCUACAGAAUGACUUGUCGAAGGUGCACGAGAUUGCGAACGACAUAAAGAAGGCGUGGAAGGCAAUGAGGGAGUCGCAGGAUUGGGGUCGAGUUCUGAACCAGCGUCAGAAGCUGUUCGGGCAGCCAGUGGUGCUGUUCAUGGAUCUGAACCGCCUGGUCAAGGAGUUCGAGCCCUACAGGAACCUCUGGGUCACGGCCUCUGAGUUCCUCAAGUCGCGUGAAGUCUGGUUUGAUAAUCCGCUGAUGUACGUCGACGCUGAAAGCAUAGAUCCUUUAGUGAAUGAAUAUUAUAAGACGAUCAUCAAAUGUAUCAAGACGUUUGCCGAUUUGCCGAAAAUACAAACUGUGGCUUUGAAUAUAAGGGACGGCAUCGACGAGUUCAAGCCUCUUAUACCGGUACUGCAAGCUGUCAAGAACCCCGGUAUGAAAGAGAGACACUGGAAGGAGUUUAUGGACCGUUCCGGCAUCACCGUGACCAUGAACGAGAAGCAGACUUUCCAGAUGUGCUUGAAGCAGGGUGUGGCUGCGCACGCUGAGCUCAUCGCCGAGAUCGGCGAGCUCGCCUCCAAGGAGUACGUGAUCGAGCAGUCUUUGGACAAGAUGCUCAACGAGUGGGCCAACAAGACGAUGGAGGUUACGCCUUAUAAGACGACCGGCACGUUCAUCAUGAAGAUAGCCGACGAAACACUUCAGCUGCUAGACGAACACCUGUUGGCAACCCAGCAGUUGGGAUUCAGCCCCUUCAAGGCGGCCUUUGAGUUGCGGAUUCAGGAGUGGGACGAUAAGCUGCGACUCACGCAGAAAGUUGUCGACGAGUGGAUCGACUGCCAGAAGGAUUGGAUGUAUUUGGAGCCUAUAUUUAACUCGGAAGACAUAUCACGGCAGUUGCCUUUCGAAGCUAAGAAAUACGGCACCAUGGAGAGAAUUUGGAGGAGGAUCAUGGGUACAGCUGCUGCUAAUCCUAAGAUAAUGGUGACGUGCCCGGACAGCCGGCUGCUGGACAGCCUGGUGGAGGCGCGCCACCUGCUGGAGGUGGUGGCGCGCGGGCUCAGCGAGUACAUGGAGGUGAAGCGGCUCCGCUUCCCGCGCCUCUUCUUCCUCAGCGACGACGAGCUCCUCGAGAUACUUUCGCAGUCGCGGAACCCGCGCGCGGUGCAGCCGCACCUGCGCAAGUGCUUCGAGAACAUCGCCAAGGUAACAUUUGAACCGGACAUGAAGAUAACAGAAAUGCAUUCGAGCGAAGGAGAGAUUGUCGAAUUGAAGUACAAAUUUUAUCCCUCGGCCAACGUGGAACAGUGGCUGUUAUUGUUGGAAGACACGAUGAGACACACUAUCCGGCUGACGCUGGUGGCAGGUCUUCAGGAGUUGCGCGAAAUGGAGCGUGAUCGAUGGGUUCUUCGCUGGCCAGGGCAAGUGGUGAUAGCUGGCUCGCAGUUGGCCUGGACAACUGGUGUCGAACAGGCCAUUACGGAGUAUCGCAUGGAUGACUACGUCAACGAAAUGUUGCAAAAUCUGGACAGUCUGCGUGCCCUGGUGAAGGGAGACCUGACCUUCUUCCAGCGCGAGGUCCUCUGCGCUCUGAUCGUGAUAGAGGUGCACGCGCGUGACGUCACCUUCACGCUGCUCGACGAGAACGUGAAAAACAUCAACGACUUCCAGUGGACGUGCCAGUUGAGGUACUAUGAAAUGGAGAGGGAAAUGGUCGAGCUGGACGAGGGUGAACUGCCAGAGAUAUACCAAGACGAGGAGCGGUUGGACACCUCCGCGUACUACAGUCAGUUUAGCCAGAACACGUGCGACGUGCGAGCGCUGAACUCUGUCUUCACGUACCAGAAUGAAUACUUGGGAAACACCGGUAGGCUAGUGAUCACACCGCUGACGGAUCGGUGCUACCUGACGCUGAUGUGCGCGAUGCACCUCAAGUUUGGGGGAGCACCGGCCGGCCCCGCCGGCACCGGCAAGACGGAGACCACGAAGGACUUGGCUAAGGCGCUGGCAGUUCAGUGCGUUGUGUUCAACUGCUCGGAUCAGCUGGACUUCAUGGCGAUGGGGAAAUUCUUUAAGGGUUUGGCGGCAUCCGGAGCUUGGGCCUGCUUCGAUGAAUUCAAUCGAAUUGAUAUUGAAGUGCUUUCGGUGGUAGCGCAACAGGUCGUCACAAUACAGAAGGCACAAAUCGCCAAGAUGGACAGAUUCAUGUUUGAGGGUUGCGAGCUGCCUCUCAAAGCGUCGUGUUCAGUUUUCAUCACUAUGAAUCCAGGAUAUGCUGGGCGAACGGAACUGCCGGACAACUUGAAAGCCCUCUUCCGCCCCAUCGCCAUGAUGGUCCCGGAUUACGCGCUCAUCGCGGAGAUAUCCCUCUUCUCGUACGGCUUCUUCGAGGCCAAGAUCUUGGCUGGCAAGAUCACCACGACGUUCAGGCUCAGCUCUGAGCAGCUGUCCACUCAGGACCAUUACGACUUCGGAAUGCGGGCGGUCAAGACUGUGAUACUGGUGGCGGGCAACCUGAUUAGGCAGAUGCCUGAUGCUGACGAGAGGCAGAUAGUGCUGCGCGCUUUGAGAGACGUCAACGUGCCCAAGUUUCUAGCGGACGACCUGCUCCUCUUCAACGGU